UAUACUUGUCUCACUCGAACUUAUUGCACUAGUGCAGCGGUACAGAGAAAAAGAACAGACCUUAGCAGUGCAAUUAAAAAGAACAGAUUUUUGUUUACUUACUUAUUCAUAGUAUAGCAUUUAUAUAAUUAUUUCAAUAAAUCUAUUUUACUUCGUAGUGUGGACACCUCUUUUUGCUUGACUCGAUUUUAUGAUGGAUGUUCCUGUUAAAACUGUGUUCGGUGAAAAAGAAUUACUCAGAAAUCACCCACCACCUGUUACAUUAGAGGAUAUGAUAACAGAUAUAUGUUUCCAUCCUGCAGCAGAUAGGAUAGGGGUAGCUAGUAUUACAGGAGAUAUCUUUAUGUAUAAAUAUAACAAUGAGGAAACUAGUCUUGUUUCGACAUUAGAAUUGCAUCUCAAAGCUUGCCGGGAUAUUGAAUUCAGUGAGGAUGGACAGAUGUUAUUCUCAGCUGGAAAGGAUCGAUGUAUAGCAAUAACUGAUGUGAACACUGAAAAAUUAAUUAGAAUAUAUGAAAAAGCUCAUGAACAUCCUAUAUAUACAAUGACAGUUAUUAGCGAGCACACAUUUGCGACGGGCGAUGACGAUGGUGUAAUAAGACUAUGGGACCUUAGACAGAAGGGAAGUAAACCAAUAUUUUCUUUAAAAGAAGUAGAAGAGUACAUUAAUGCAAUAAUAACCAAAACAGACUCCAAGUACUUGGCAUAUACUAGUGGUGAUGGCUGUCUGACUACUCUAAACAUACCAGAGAGGAAAUUAUAUAUACAGUCCGAAGAAUACGACGAGGAAUUGAUGUGUCUUGGUUUAUUUAAAUCAGAGAGUAAAUUGUUAGCACCUAGUAGCAAAGGAAAAAUAUAUAUAUUCAAUUGGGGUGAAUUUGGACUGCACUCAGAUGAAUUUCCAAGUAUUACGAAGAAGGCCAUAAAUUGUAUAGUUCCGAUUACGGAAAAUGUAGUGAUAACUGGAGGAGAGGAUGGAAUCAUUCGGGCAACCAGUCUAUUUCCUCAUCGCCAACUUGGUAUAGUGGGACAACAUGACUUUUCUGUUGAGGCGCUUGAUAUUUGUAAUGACGGAACUUUAAUAGCAUCCACAUCCUCGCACAAUAACGAUAUCAAAUUCUGGAAUGUGCAAUAUUUCGAGACACUGAACGUUACCGAACCCGUGAAAGGUGGCAAGCAGAAACGUCUUGUGCACAAUCUGCCGAGUAGUCAAGUUAGCAACCCAUCUGAUUUUUUCGCAGAAUUGUAA